UUCUUAAUUUCACUGAGGUACUGUCUCUAAAAAACCCUUCUCUCUCUCUCUCUCAAAAAACCGCUUGACAUAAAAAGAAGCACAUAUAAUGGAUACUACUUGGCCCGAAAAACUAGCAAGUGGCCGGAAAAGGGUCAUCGAUGAACUCAUGGAAGGUCGAGAGCUUGCAAACCAGCUUCAGAGUGUUCUUCUUUCAAAGUCUGAUGGUGAUGGGUCAUCAUCAGCUGUUUCUGCUGCUGAAGAUCUGGUGGUGAAGAUCAUGGAAUCAUUUUCAAACACCCUUUUCAUUUUGAAUGUGAAUGAGGGUGAUGAUGAUGUAUCUGUAUCUCAAAUCCAAGCUAACUCCCAUGUGGGUUCAGCUUGUUUGGAUGCUAGGAAAUCUGAAGAUUCUGAUGAAAGUUGUAGGAGUAUUUCCAAUGUCAAAGAUCGGAGGGGUUGUUACAAAAGAAGAAGAGCCUCACCAACAUGGAAAAAUGAGACUCCAACUCUAAUUGAUGAUGGUUAUGCUUGGAGGAAGUACGGACAAAAAGUGAUUCUCAAUGCUCAAUACCCCAGGAAUUACUACAGGUGCACUCACAAAUAUGACCAACAGUGCCAAGCAACCAAACAAGUUCAGAGAAUUCAAGAAGAACCCCAACUAUUCCGGACCACAUAUCAUGGACAUCACACUUGCAGGAACCUCAGAGCUCCUGAGUUGAUGUUGGAUUGUACCAAUAUUACCACUCCGGGAAAUCGAUCUUCCGCACUCAUCAGCUUCGACGGUUCAAACGGCAGUCUUCCAAACAAACAUGGACAACAAGAGCAUCCAUUUCUCUCAACUUUCUCAUCAAUCAAACAGGAGUUCAAGGAGGAGGAAAUACCAUGUGAUAUCAACCACAACCAAUCAUCCUCGUCUGAGUAUUUCAUGCCACAUGAUCUGAAAGGUUUUGAAUCUCAAAGACCCAUGGCCGUUUUGUCAUCAAGUCUGGAUUCUGAUCAUGGUGAUGGGCUAUCUGGUGUCAUGGACCCGGUCGAUUUUGAUGAUGAAAUUUUGCAAUUUGAAUUUUGAUGGGUGUGUGUAAUAAUGAUGGGGUUUCCAUCUAAUUUCCUUGUAAACUUUCAAUGUAAUAUAGGAAAUAACAAUCUUGUAAGAAACUUGUAGUUGGUUUUCUCAGUGUAAAAUAUGCAGGUAUCUUUAUCUUUUUUUUU